CCUCCCCCACACGCGCUGGGUCUGGAGGGGAGGGAGAGCGAGGGGGGUGAUAGGCAGCGAAACACGGAGGGAGGAUAGUCGUAUCAUUCACCCAAGCAGUGCGAGAAAGUCAAGGAAACGGACUCCCGGUGAGGAAGAAAGUGGUCUUCGCAAACUCCCACCGCAUAGUGACUCGGCAACGAACUUUACAAGGAGUUGUUUAUUCUGGAGGUAAAAUUGAUGGUGCGGGCCUUUGUGGAGCGAGGCGUAAAGACGGGACACUCAAUACCCGAGAGUGAAGACAGGACACUCUACAUCCCGCUGUCAGCAUGGAGAACUUGUUCACGCUCUCCGUUAUGUUUGCCAUUCUUUUACAGGUCUUGCCUUCAUGUGCAGUCGUAGUCUUCACCAGAGAGCCUGUCGUGGAGGUCCAUGAAGAUGCCGAGGCAAGGCUGUCUUGUGAGUUCAAAACACAGAGGGAUGAAAGCCCGCGCAUCGAGUGGAAGAAGACGAAAGGCACCAUGUCCACCUCCCCCGACUUUGUCUACUUCAAGGAAGAGUUCCGGAAGUCGUUUAAGGACCGGGCGACGAUCAAGGGGGCCACGGUGAUCCUGCAGAAGGUGACGCAGGGCGAUGCGGGCGAGUAUCGCUGUGAAGUCAGCGCUGCCUUGGACGACAUACAGCUGGGAGAAGCUAACGUCACACUUAUAGUAUUAGUGCCACCCCAUGUGCCCACCUGUGAGAUCCCGAGCAGUGCCAUAACGGGCGGCGAGGUGGAGAUGCUGUGCAGCGAGCCCCACGGCGUACCCGCCGUCUCCUACAUCUGGUACAAGGACAAGAAGCCUCUGGCCGUGCACCCGCUCAACGGGACCUACUCCAUCAACCAGCACACGGGCACGCUGACGUUUAGAUCUGUCACCAAGGCAGACACGGGACAGUACCACUGCGAGGCCAGAAACAAAGCAGGACCACCGAAAAGCUGCCAAGGGACUCAUAUGGAAAUAGAUGAUUUGAACAUCGCUGCCAUCGUUGCCGGCGCUGUGGUGGUUUGCCUAGUAAUACUGCUCUGCACAUUUUUCAUCUGUUAUGCUCAUAGACAUGGAUUCUUCAGCAGACACAGAGGAAGGUCAUUCUGGAUUACCCAGUGUCAUAGUACAGCCCACAUCAGCAGUCAGAACCUACACAGAACCGAGGAUAUGAACGCAAGAUACAGUCCUCCUCCAGAAGAGAAGCAGCAGGACUUCAAGCACACCCAUUCCUUUAUGCUAUGAGAACAGUGCCACGCUGAAAUGUGGACACACUCCCUCGUCAGUGCCCUGUGCUGGAAGGACAUCUACUGUGCCGAAAGACUUGACAAACUCUGUGCCAUAGGUGGACAUCAAAAGUGGCCAAAAAAAAAAACACCUUUGUUUGCUGUUUGAAAACAGCAGCACAUAUGUGGCUUUGUGUUUCUCCGUCAGCCAAACACACACACACACCAGUUUGUCUUACACUUUUGUCUUGCCACUGACCCCCUCUAGUGUUUGUUUGUUCAUACAGACUUGAUAACAUGUGUUCAGGUGCCAAAAAAUGCUGGGUGUCCUUAAGUGUUCUGAGAUAUAUACACAGUUCAAAUGGAAGGAGAGGAUUUGAAAGUAAACACUGGUUAAAUGAUACACAUUUCUUUUCUCCCCAGUUUCUGAAGAAUUCAUGGGUGUUCUCAUUUUUUCUCCCAAGAUAUAAUGAAUUUACAGUUCAAAUGCAAGGAGAGGAUUUGACACUAUGUACACUGGUUAGAUUAGACAUAUUUAUUUACUUCCCAGUUUCUCAAAGCGAAGGCCAACCAAAAACUGAUGAAAAUUCAGUUUGGCUGGUAGAAAGAAAACUUACUAGCCACUUUGACUGGUAGUAAGUGUCUGUUUGGCUGGUAAGAUUAACAUCCACUAGCCAAAUUUACUGGUGAUGGAAAAAGUUAAUUCAUCGCCCUGACUGUAUGCACAGUUCAAAUGCAAGGAGAGGAUGACACUAUACACUGGUUUAAUAACACCCAUUUCUUUUCUCUCCAGUUUUCAAAGCAUUCAUGGUGCCUUAGUUUUUAUGGAGUGACAUGCAUAUCUAUCAGACGUGUAAAUAAUUUGCGUUUCUUUGCCGUAGAGAACAUGUGUACGC